AUGGCCGAGUGGAUGUCUCAGGUGCAGUCGGAUUCCCCGGAAGCUCAUAAUGAUGCCCUGCAGGCGCUCUCUUCCCUCACCAAGGUCAGCACUCACAACAGGAACCUCCUCGCCCAGACACAGGAUGCCAUCCCCCACAUCCUCGCCCUCUCCCAGUCCCCCUCCACCCUCACCCAGACCCUCUCCCUCUCCGUGCUCUUCAACCUCUCCCUCAACCCCAACCUCAAGCAGUCCUUGGUCGAAGCCAACAUCAUCCACCACCUCAACUCCAUCAUCCUCUCCCCCAGCUCGCCGCAGGCCGGCAAGCUGGCCGCCUCCCUUCUCUGCAGCCUCGCCAUGCUGGACAAGAACAAGGCACCUUUCGGCGUCGCGGGCACCGUGGAAGUGGUCAUCCAAGCGCUCAAAAGCCAUUCCAACAGCUCUGCGGCCCACCACCUUCUCAGCUCUUUGUCUGAGCUGGUGCAGUUCCACGGCAACUGCACCCUCGCUAUCCGGGCCGGAGCGGUGCCUGCCCUGGUUCAGAUCAUGGAAGGACCCGCGCGGGACCUCGCCGGCUCUUCCCUUGCAAUACUUGGCCUCAUGGCAAGGUUCGAGGAAGGCAUCCAGGCAAUUCGGGCGGUCGAUGGAGUUGUCGGCUUGCUGGUGGAUGGGCUGACGUCGGGAUGCAUGGUGAGCAGGGAGAGCGCCGCGGAAAUUCUAAUCAAAUUGUUCGCGGCGAGUGACGAGUGUCUGAGGGAGGCUGCGAGGAAGCACGAAUUCUCUUCUUUGCUCGCCGAUUUGUCGAUUCGGGGCUCAGACAAGGCUCGCCAGAAGGCCGGGGUGCUCAUGCAGAUACUCAUGGAGGCCAAUUUGGAUUGCUUUGUCCAAGAAGGGGUCUCCAUGCCUCCGUGGUUCUGA